CGACAGGCACAAAACCAUCCACACAUGCCCCUCCGAACACAUGCCAUAAGCCUACCACUCAUCACUUUCUAUAGCCACAAAAUCACUUCCUGACUUCAUUCUUUUCAUCUUCUUCUUCUCUUUUUCUCUCACAAGUUCCCUUUUGCAUGUUCUACCUCAAUUUGACAUCCAAAGUUUCUGUCUUUGAAUUGAGGUACCAUACCCUUUUAGUUCUAUUGGGCCAGAAGUAUUUGUAUUACUCUUAUUUGUUACUUUUGAUUGAAAUUUGUUUCUGGGUAGGUUGAGUUCUUAAUUGAAGUGUGUGGUGUAAUGGGGUAUUGAUGAGGUUUUAGAAGAUACUUUAAUUUUGGAACAUUCUAGUGUUUUGGUAUAGUGAGGUGGGGCUCAAUAUGUUAAUUUUGGUGGGGAACGUGCAGGGAACAAUGAGUUCUCUUGCUUCUCCAGUGAGUUUGGGGAGCCUCAUGGGUGUGAGUUCAUCUGGAAGGGCCCAUUCUAUGGUGAGGAGGGUCUCUCUUUCAAGAGGGAACUGUAGGGGGAGAAAGAGAUGGCAUUGUGUGUCAUUGUCUGUGUGUAGAUAUUCAGUGACCACAACUGAUUUUGUUGCUGACCAAGGGAACUCAGUGUCCCUUGAUUCUAACAGUAGUAGUAGUAGUAGUAAGGGUGGAGAUGAUGGUGCUGGUUUUGUGCUUAAGCCUCCUCCUAAGCCUGUGUUGAAGUCCCCAGAGAAUAAGAGUGACCCCAUUUUGGGGCCCUCAAGGACUAUUGGGGACCCUGGGGAUGUGGAAGAGAAGAAUAAGGUGAUUGAAUCACUUGGGGAGGUGUUGGAGAAGGCGGAAAAGCUGGGGAGUUCUAAGGUGAAUGGUGAAAGGAAUAAUGGUUCAAUGAAUAAACCGGUAAGGAGUAAUGCAGAUGCUAGUCCUAGGGCUGAUAAACUGGUGAAUUCAGCGGCAUAUCAGAAGUCUAAAACCAUGAAGAGUGUAUGGCGUAAAGGGGACACGGUUGCAUCGGUGCAGAAGGUAGUGAAGGAAGUGCCAAAGCCUAAUAGUAACAAGAAUGAAGGGGAGAAGACUCAAACAAGGGGAGGGGAGGAGGUGGUAUCCCAAACUCGUGCUCCUCAACUGCCUUUGAAACCUCAACCGCCUUCACAACCUCAACCGGCGUUGCUAUCAAAACCUUCGAUAGCUCCCCCACCUGUCAAAAAACCUGUUGUUUUGAGGGACAAGGGAGUAUCUGAAACAACAUCAGUUAAACCUAAAGAAAAGAAGUCACCCAUCUUGAUUGAUAAAUUUGCUUCCAAGAAACCGGUAGUAGAUCCUCUAAUUGCGCAAGCAGUUCUAGCCCCUCCAAAACCAGGGAAGGGACCUCCCCCGGGAAAGUUUAAAGAUGAUUUCCGGAAGAAAGGUGCUACGACUGGGGGACCAAGAAGACGGAUUUUAGAGGAUGAUGUGAUUCAUGAUGAGGACGCAUCUGAACUCAAUGUCUCUAUUCCUGGUGCUGCAACAGCAAGAAAAGGAAGGAAAUGGAGUAAAGCAAGUCGAAGGGCAGCACGACUCCAGGCUGCCAGGGAUGCCGCUCCCGUCAAAGUAGAAAUUCUAGAGGUUGGUGACAAAGGUAUGCUGGUGGAGGAAUUAGCCUACUGUUUGGCAACCAGUGAAGGUGAGAUCCUGGGUUAUCUGUACUCCAAGGGAAUUAAACCAGAUGGGGUACAAACAAUAGACAAAGAUAUGGUAAAGAUGAUUUGUAAAGAGUAUGAUGUGGAAGUCAUAGAUGCUGAUCCAUUCAAAGUUGAAGGUUUGGUGAAGAAAAAAGAAAUUCUUGAUAAAGAUGACCUCGACAAACUCAAAGACAGGCCUCCUGUUAUUACUAUUAUGGGCCAUGUAGAUCAUGGCAAGACAACUCUUUUGGAUUAUAUACGGAAGAGCAAGGUAGCUGCUUCUGAAGCUGGUGGGAUCACACAGGGAAUUGGGGCCUAUAAAGUGGAAGUACCUGUUGAUGGCAAAAACUUGCCAUGUGUUUUCCUUGACACUCCUGGGCAUGAGGCAUUUGGAGCAAUGAGAGCUCGUGGAGCAAGCGUAACAGACAUUGCUAUUAUUGUUGUGGCUGCUGAUGAUGGGAUUCGUCCUCAAACAAAUGAAGCUAUAGCUCAUGCCAAAGCAGCGGGAGUACCCAUAAUCAUUGCAAUAAACAAGAUAGAUAAAGAUGGAGCAAAUCCAGAAAGAGUCAUGCAAGAGCUUUCUUCAAUUGGUUUAAUGCCAGAAGACUGGGGCGGUGACAUCCCAAUGGUUCCGAUAAGUGCUCUCAAAGGAAAGAACAUAGAUGAUCUUUUGGAAACUGUUAUGCUUGUUGCCGAGUUGCAAGAACUGAAAGCUAAUCCUGAUAGAAGUGCGAAGGGAACUGUUGUUGAGGCGGGGCUAGAUAAAUCAAAGGGACCAUUCGCUUCAUUUAUUGUGCAGAAUGGCACCCUCAGACGGGGAGAUAUAGUAGUUUGUGGAGAAGCUUUUGGAAAGGUGCGGGCUUUAUUUGAUGAUGGUGGAAAGCGGGUUGAUGAAGCUACACCCUCUAUACCUGUACAGGUUAUUGGAUUGAAUAAUGUUCCAAUUGCUGGUGAUGAAUUUGAGGUUAUUGAAUCCCUUGAUACUGCACGUGAAAGGGCAGAAACUCGUGCUGAGUCAUUGCGUAAUGAGCGUAUUUCAGCAAAGGCAGGGGAUGGAAAGGUCACCCUUUCUUCUUUAGCUUCAGCAGUUUCGUCAGGAAAGCUGUCUGGACUAGAUUUGCAUCAACUAAAUAUUAUUUUGAAGGUUGAUCUUCAGGGAUCUAUUGAAGCUGUCAGAAAAGCUCUGGAGAUUCUACCACAAGACAAUGUCACUCUGAAGUUUUUGUUGGAGGCAACAGGUGAUGUAAGCACAAGUGAUGUGGACCUUGCAGUUGCAAGCAAGGCCAUCAUUUUGGGAUUUAAUGUGAAAGCACCAGGCUCUGUGAAAAGCUAUGCUGAGAACAAAGCUGUUGAGAUUAGAUUAUAUAAAGUUAUUUAUGAAUUGAUUGAUGAUGUACGAAAUGCAAUGGAAGGACUCCUGGAACCUGUUGAGGAACAUGUAACAAUUGGUUCAGCAGUAGUACGGGCCGUAUUUAGCAGCGGUAGUGGUCGUGUUGCUGGAUGUAUGGUUACAGAGGGAAAAAUACUACAAGACUGUGGUAUUCGAGUCAAGCGGAAGGGAAAAGUAGUUCAUGUUGGUAUUCUUGAUUCUUUGAGACGGGUGAAGGAGAUUGUUAAAGAGGUAAAUGCCGGUCUCGAGUGUGGACUUGGGUUAGAAGACUUUGAUGAUUGGGAAGAGGGUGACAUUCUUGAAGUCUUCAACACAGUUCAGAAGAGGAGGACCCUUGAAGAGGCCUCAGCAUCAAUGGCAGCUGCUGUGGAGGGAGUAGGAGUUGCAUUGUAGAAUGAACCAUGAUGUAUUCCACUAUGAGAUUGGUUCCUAUCUUGUGUUUGAGCACAGUGCAAAUGCAUUCCAGGUUCCAGUUGAAAAAACAAUGUAUUCUCUCCAAUUGAUGUUAUGAAAGUGGAAAGGUAACAAUUCCCUCAUCAUUAUAUUGAUAUUGAGGGUACCACUGCUGAAGAUCUGAGUUCAAAAUGAUUUGUUCCUUGUUGGCUGUAAAAGUGUAUAUAACAAAGUAUAUCAGUUUCAGCUCCUUGUAGAGAGGGAAAAAGUUUCAAUGCCUUGACCCAAAAAUACUUGUAACAACCACAUAUAAGACAAGGGAAGAAUUGCAUUUUUUUUUCUUCAUUUUUUGUAUGAUGCUCUAUAAUGGAUGCAUCAUCUUAUUUUUGAUAAAAAGGAGGUAAAAAAUAGGUGCAUCAUCUUACACUGGGGUCUGGAAAUUUGUAUUUCUAUUGUGUUUUGCUCCUAGAUGAAAUAUAGUUAGAUGAUCCAAGGUUAUGGACCGAUGUAAAUACUUUGGUUAAAAAAUAUUUGCAGUUUGA